GGUGAGUCACUAGGGGUGUGUCUUUGGAAGAUAUACCUCUCCCUAGCACUCUUUCUGCUGCUCUGCUUCCUGGCCACUGGAAGUGCACAGAUUUGCUCUGCUACACCCUCCAGCCACAACAUUCCUGUCUUGGAGCCAGGCAACUGGAGACGGAAUCUUUCGAAAUCUUGAUACUAUCAGCGACUGUCACUUUGACAAGAUGAGUAACAGCCACCCUCUUCGCCCCUUUACUGCAGUGGGGGAAAUUGAUCAUGUGCAUAUUUUGUCUGAACAUAUUGGUGCCUUGUUGAUUGGAGAAGAAUAUGGCGAUGUCACGUUUGUUGUGGAGAAGAAACGUUUUCCUGCCCACCGGGUAAUUUUAGCAGCCAGGUGCCAGUAUUUUAGAGCAUUACUGUAUGGUGGAAUGCGAGAGUCUCAGCCUGAAGCAGAAAUCCCUCUCCAGGAUACCACUGCUGAAGCAUUCACAAUGCUUCUCAAAUACAUCUACACUGGGCGGGCAACCCUGACAGAUGAGAAGGAGGAGGUGCUGCUGGACUUUCUGAGUCUGGCUCAUAAAUAUGGAUUUCCAGAGCUGGAGGAUUCUACUUCUGAGUAUCUCUGCACCAUACUUAACAUCCAGAAUGUCUGUAUGACUUUUGAUGUUGCCAGUCUCUACUCACUUCCCAAGUUAACUUGCAUGUGCUGCAUGUUCAUGGACAGAAACGCUCAAGAGGUGCUCUCAAGUGAAGGUUUCCUCUCCCUUUCCAAGACAGCACUUUUAAACAUCGUAUUAAGAGAUUCAUUUGCAGCUCCCGAAAAAGAUAUUUUCUUAGCUUUGUUAAACUGGUGUAAGCACAAUUCAAAGGAAGAUCAUGCUGAAAUCAUGCAGGCUGUGCGUUUACCUCUGAUGAGCCUCACUGAACUUCUGAACGUUGUGAGGCCUUCAGGACUGUUGUCUCCUGAUGCCAUCCUGGAUGCUAUUAAAGUACGAUCAGAGAGCCGAGAUAUGGACCUCAAUUAUAGAGGCAUGCUCAUACCAGAAGAAAACAUUGCAACUAUGAAGUAUGGAGCCCAGGUUGUAAAAGGGGAGCUGAAGUCUGCCCUACUGGACGGUGAUACUCAAAAUUAUGAUUUGGAUCAUGGAUUUUCUCGCCACCCAAUUGAUGAUGAUUGCCGUUCAGGCAUUGAGAUUAAGCUAGGUCAGCCAUCCAUUAUCAAUCACAUACGGAUUCUCCUGUGGGACCGAGACAGCCGAUCUUACUCCUACUUUAUCGAAGUGUCAAUGGAUGAACUUGAUUGGAUCAGAGUGAUAGAUCAUUCACAUUAUCUGUGCCGGUCUUGGCAAAAGUUGUAUUUUCCAGCACGUGUCUGCAGGUAUAUUCGAAUAGUUGGGACUCACAACACAGUGAACAAGAUUUUUCACAUUGUGGCUUUUGAGUGCAUGUUUACAAACAAAAUCUUCACUUUGGAGAAGGGGCUGAUAGUUCCCACAGAGAAUAUUGCAACGAUUGCCGAUUGUGCCAGUGUGAUUGAAGGAGUCAGUCGGAGCCGAAAUGCCUUGCUGAAUGGGGACACCAAGAAUUACGAUUGGGAUUCUGGCUACACAUGUCAUCAGCUAGGAAGUGGUGCAAUUGUGGUUCAACUGGCACAGCCAUACAUGAUUGGGUCAAUACGAUUAUUACUUUGGGACUGUGAUGAUCGAAGCUAUAGCUACUAUGUUGAAGUUUCUACCAACCAGCAGCAGUGGACCAUGGUGGCUGACAGAACAAAAAUCUCCUGCAAGUCCUGGCAGUCGGUGACUUUUGAGAGACAGCCUGCCUCCUUCAUCCGAAUCGUUGGAACACACAAUACAGCGAACGAGGUGUUCCACUGUGUCCACUUUGAGUGUCCGGAGCAGCAGAGCAUUCAGAAGGAUGAAAACAAUGAGGAACUGGGGACAGGGGAUGGCAGCCCAGCCACUCAGCAGAUCGACCCUCACACCCUGCGGGCACCAGGCACCAGCUCGCUGCCCCCCAGCCCGGGCCCCAACGCAUGCUCACCCAACCGGCAGCACCAAUAAAGGAAGCAGUAGAGGGGUCUGUCUUACUUUUCUCGUUGCUGAGACAAAAUACCCAACACUCAAGGUUAACAAACGGAAGGUUUAUUGUAGCUCAGUUUGUAGAGCUUCAGUCCAUAGUUGGCUGGCUCCAUGGCAGAGGGGCACUGCAGAGGAGAAACAGUUCAUGGUGGGCAGAAGGCAGCUAGUGAAGCAGCAAGCGAGGAUCCUAGCCCCCUUUCUGCCCCAUAUAUUCAUUCCAUCCAGGCCACACACCUUUAGUGGGUAGCAGUCACACACCCUUAACCCCAGCAUCACACACCCUAGAUUCAGCCACCUCUGAAAAGCCCCAGCCAUGACCACAUGAGGCUUUGGAGGGACGUCUGGACACAGCCACAGCAGGGUCUGACUUGGUGGCACAGAAAGUGACAGGAAUGUGCCCUCCCUGGCAGGGACUUUUGUGGGUUGCCCUGGCCCCUUUCUGGGAGCAGACCUGGCUACAGAAGUGGACACUGAGCGGGUUUUCUCCCAAGGACAGAGAGAGCCAUGUUGUUCCCAUUUGUCCAAAUCGGGCUGGGAGAAGGUGGCUCUCCGGGCUUCAUCAAGUCCCCCAUUAAACCCUGGCUCUCUAAUCCACCCAGGCAGGGAGCAGAGGGAAGUCUCGGGCUGCCCUGCAGUACAGAAGCGGUACACACCGGAGCGGAAGAGAACGCAUCAGGCCUUUAUUACCUGGAGGUGCCCUGUGGGAAAUGGGUUUCCAUAGUGUUUACUUUUAUGGAACACAUUGCCUGGCAACGGAAUGAUUUUUUUAUUUCUUUUAGUUAUUCUCCAUUUGCUGAAUCAUAGGUGUUCCAGAUCUUUUUGAAGUAGUCCAGCAGCAGAUCACUUGCUCUAAUCCCUUCCGAGACUGUAAUUUCCCUUGCUCAGUGCGGAAUGUUUCUGCAGGCGGUGCAGGCAAGGCAGCUCAUCCUGGCACCUGGUCUGACGGGAAAUCCGAGGAACUUCAAGGAAAUACACAAUGAGUACAUCAAUCUGCAGGCCCUGGAGUCCAUAAUCACACAGAUUGCUGAGUUAUUAACCUGACAUCCGGAAACGCACCCAGCCUGUGCGCUCGGAGGCUGCGGAGCAAACAGCUGUAGGCAGCCGGUAACUACUGUCCAGAGCAGCACGGUCCCCUGUGGCCCCGCGGAGGACGCAGCCCCGCCGCCCUGGGGUCAGGAAGGCGAUGUGCAGGGUGACGGCCCUGGGGCCCGAGACCACAGAGGACAACGCAGCCCUGAGAAACUUGCCUCGGCUCCCCGGAAGGGCUCGGUGACCACUGCAGCUCAAGCGGGCCCUUGUCGCGUACCAGUGACCUCCCGGGGCCUGCGGUUCGGUGCCAGUGAGUCUCCCACAGGGAAGUGGCAGUGCAGCAGCGGGGAGAGGGCCGGGGCGGAAGGGCGGGCAGCAGCUCCGUGAGCUCCCCGAGCGGGGUGACGGCCGCCCGCGGGCUGCUGCCUCUGGGCGCCCGGCCCUGUCGCCAGUUAGCAUGGCGCCCAGGGCCUGGGGACACUGGUGGCUCCACGUCACACCCAAAGGCGCCCCGACCCACAGGUGUGGCUCCCAGCUCAUGGGGCCCCUUGGCGCAGGCACCUUCAGGGGCUCUGUCCGGGCCCCUGCUACCACGUCAGGACUGAUCAGGACCGGGCUGCGCUAACAGCGCCCAGGGUGGGGCUCGCAUCCUGCUGGGCUCGGCUGCCUCCCAGUCCCCAGGGCCCUGGACGCAGGGACCCUUGCUUGGAUGGAGCCCACCUGGGCCCAGGGGCACCACCGAGGGCGCUGCCGGGAUGGGGCCAUGAGAGGCGGGCAGCAGGGGCCGCCGGGAUCGCUGCUGUGCUGCUGGACCAGCGCAGGCCCAGACGUGAACCGAGGAGGAGGAGGACGAGCGCCCUGCCGAGACCGGGCAGCGCCAGGCUAGCGGGAGCCCUGGGGUGGGGGCAGAGCAGAUGGGCAGAGCAGAUGAGGAUCUGUGUCCCCACCCGGCAGCCCGAGGCCAGGGGCGGAGACUGAGGCUGUGGCUUCCCAGGGCAGGGUGGGUCGCUGCGGAGGGGGUGGGGGGGGAGCUGCCUUCCCUCGAUUGCAUUCGGGGACAGUAGGAAGAAACCUGGGGGCGGCACCUGCGGAGCAGAGCAGCGUAACCUCCCACACGCCCGGGCUUCGUGUUUUCUCAGUGGUCUUCUGUUGUUUCCCUGACGCAGUUAGAACGAGUCUGUGGUGGAUGUGGGACUCUUCUCAAUUGCUCUUUAAAUUGUCACUUUUUAAAUCUUAUUAAAUGAAGUGUCGAUUCCUGACAAAUACAUUAAAAGUGUUUUAUUCCUA